AGAGACGGAGACACAGACACAGGGGGGACAACAACAGCGGCCCCGCGGCCCCGUCAGCUUCACCUUCACCCGCGUCUCCAGCAGGAAAACACCAGCGACGGGGCUGAAACUGGAGCCGGGGCCGGAGCCCGGACACACGGACACAGUGACCGCUCUACACAUGGGCAACAUCGUGCUGCUGGGUGUGCGUGGGAGUGAGCGGCGUGGGGGCCCGCCGGUGGUGCCGUUGAUCGGGAGGACACGUUGGCGGGGGCCGGGGCCGGCGUCGGUCCCUGUCCCGGUGUCAGGGUCGAGGGUCGAGGACGCGGAGGAGGCGGCCGUGGUGUCGAAGGCCGUGCAGGAGCUCAUCGAAGAAUCGCGCAGGUUCCAGGACAAGGGGGGAGAGGGGAACGGAGACGACGGGACCCUCGACAUCCCCCUCCUCAUGCAGAAUCACGCACCCCCUGGCUACGAGGACGGAGACACAGUCAACGUGGGGCUCAGGCCCGAACCG